AUGGCUGGCCACGACACGUCGCCGGUUUCGCUGCAGCCAGGUGAUCAGGACACGGACGGAUACGGCGGCACCGGCGGGCUCGCCGACCCGUCGCCGCCGCCGUCCAAGAAGAAAGCCCGGCGCGGCGCCGAUCCCUCCAACCAGAAACGCAGGUGUGUCAGCACCGCCUGCAUCGCUUGCCGGAAGAGAAAAUCAAAGUGUGAUGGCGUCCUUCCAAGCUGUGCCGCCUGUGCCAGCGUCUAUGGCACCGAGUGCGUCUAUGAUCCGAACUCGGACCACCGCCGGAAAGGCGUGUAUCGCGAGAAAACCGAUAGCAUGAAAGCCCGGAGCUCAACCCUCCAGAUCCUGAUUGAGGCCAUCCUGAAUGCCGCUGAGGAAGACGUGCCGGCCAUCGUGAGGAAGAUCCGCACCUGUGACAGCCUCGACCACGUCGCCGAGGCAAUUCUUAAGAACGAUUACGCCGAUGACGAUGACGACGAUGACUCCAGCCGUGCCGACGCCGAAUACGGCGUCAAUCAGCCCGUGGAUGGCGAGAGGGAUCUUGCACGCAAGAUGGGCGAGCUCCGCCUCGAGAAUGACUCUGUCCGCUUCAUCGGCGGCACCUCUCACCUGAUCUACCUGGGCGAGCCGAAUCAUGUUCCUGAGGAGCCUGAAGCCGACGGUUCUUUGUCCAGCGAGGAUCCUCCUGCCAGCUGGACCGAGGUCACCAAGGACACGCAGUUGAUCAUGCAUCUGAUGAACAUGUACUUCAACUGGCACUACCCCUAUUUCACCACUCUUUCCAAGUCACUCUUUUUCCGAGACUUCUUGAAGGGAAAACCGCGAGGGCGGCCCAAGUCUACCGUUUACUGCUCAUCGCUACUGGUCAAUGCCAUGCUAGCGCUGGGCUGCCAUUUCACCAGCGUACCCGGCGCUUUUGCCAUUCCCGGAGAUAGUAGGACCAAAGGCGAUCAUUUCUUCGCCGAGGCGAAGAGACUAAUUGUCGAGAACGAUGAAUAUGAGAAGCCGAGGCUCACCACAGUGCAAGCGCUGGCACUAAUGUCCGUUCGCGAAGCUGGGUGUGGGCGAGAGGCCAAAGGAUGGGUUUACAGUGGCAUGAGUUUUCGGAUGGCGCAAGACAUCGGGCUUAAUCUCGACAUCGGAGGGAUCGCAAGAGACACGGAACCUCUGGACGAAAAAGAAAUUGACGCCCGGCGGAUAACCUUCUGGGGAUGCUUCCUCUUUGACAAGUGCUGGUCCAACUACCUCGGCCGCUUACCACAGUUGCCCAAGAAUACAUACAACGUCCCUAAAUACGAUGUUUUCCCAGAGGAGGACUCGGAGAUGUGGUGUCCGUAUACGGAUGGCGGGUUUGACCAGUCGUCCAAGCAGCCGUCCCGGACAAGGGCAGUUGGUCUACAGCUUUCCAAGCUCUGCGAGAUUAGCAGCGAUUUGCUGCUCUUCUUUUAUCACCCCAACUAUAUCGGCCGGUCGAGCGGAAAGGCGCAUGAGUUGAAGAAACUCAGCGAGGUCCAUCGGCGACUGGAGGAUUGGAAGAGGGAGCUGCCGCCCGAGUUUGAGCCGAAGGACGGCCAACUGCCCAAUGUCAUCCUGAUGCACAUGUUUUAUCACCUACAGUAUAUUCAUCUGUUCAGGCCAUUCCUCAAAUACACUCCGGCCACUUCUCCAUUGCCCUCCCAUGUAUCCCCUCGGCGGAUAUGCACCGCGAACGCAGGAGCUAUCUCAAAGCUCAUGAGGCUAUACAAGAAACUAUAUGACCUGAGGCAAAUUUGCAACAUUGCCGUGUACAUGGUCCACUCUGCCUGCACGAUCCACAUGCUCAAUCUGCCUGAGAAGACGGCCAAGCGCGACAUUAUUCACGGGGUGAAGCAACUAGAAGAGAUCGCCGAGGAUUGGCUCUGUGCGCGGAGGACGCUGAGUAUCUUAAGCGUGUUGGCACGGAAGUGGAAGGUUGCGCUGCCGGAAGAGGCAGCCCUCGUUCUACAGCGGACGGACGAAAAAUACGGCACAUUCAGCACGUCGGACGUGCCGUCGCCAGCCGUGCCCUCGAUCGCGCAGUCGCCCCAAUCGGUUUCACAAUCACCAUCCAACACUAGGCCGGAUCCCUACAGUCCGGCAAACCAAUACAAUAACCCGGCGGCUCAGUCAAUGACGCUAGAUAUUCCCUCAUCAACUAUAUCGGCCGACGUGCUUAAUGGCAUGGCCAUGUCGGGGAUUCCCCAGAGUCUGCAAAACGUUCAGAGCCAGGUUCCGAAACAGAUGACGCAGCCCGUUGCUCCUUCAUCCAUGUCGAUGGGCAAGAACAUGCCAGCCCUGAAUGGCUGGGGCGUCCCAGCCGUGACGCGGCCGAUGCCGAGCUACAACCAGUCUUAUGCACCGGUCCAUAACGGGAUUGGGGCCGCGACGUCGUCCCGUCCGGGGGCGCGCCAUGUGAGUCCCAGCUCGCUUUAUAGCAUUGACGGGCAGGAUUGGUACAUAAAAGACGGCGUGAGUUGGCAGCAGAACUUUGAGUCGUGGGGUCUCGGUGCUGGCGGCAGCGCCAACCCGUCUUCAAACACGGCGACGGGCACAACAAGCCCUGCCGGGAUGAGCGAUGCUUCCAUGUACAUGUUCCGAGGCCUUCGGGCGAACGAGAUGGACAGCUCGGGCUUUGACUCUUUGGGUUCCAUGGGCAACUUGGAUCACUUACCCGGGCUAGACUAG